CACCCAGCGGAAGUGGCCGUGUUGUGACGGAAGGAAAUGCUUUGUGGGAGCUGCCGGCGGUGGGAGAAACGUGGCCGGCAAAGAUGAUUCAAGCGAUUCUGGUUUUCAACAACCACGGGAAGCCGCGGCUGGUCCGCUUCUACCAGCGUUUCCCGGAAGAAAUUCAACAGCAGAUUGUCCGAGAGACCUUCCAUCUAGUUCUCAAGCGAGAUGACAACAUCUGUAACUUCUUGGAAGGUGGAAGUUUGAUUGGUGGCCCUGACUACAAACUGAUUUAUCGGCACUAUGCUACACUCUACUUUGUGUUUUGUGUGGAUUCAUCAGAGAGUGAACUUGGAAUCUUGGACCUCAUCCAGGUUUUUGUGGAGACCCUGGAUAAGUGUUUUGAAAAUGUUUGUGAAUUGGAUUUGAUCUUCCAUAUGGAUAAGGUGCACUACAUCCUUCAGGAGGUGGUGAUGGGUGGGAUGGUGUUGGAAACCAACAUGAAUGAAAUCGUGGCUCAGAUUGAAGCUCAAAACAGGCUGGAGAAAUCCGAGGGUGGCCUUUCAGCAGCCCCUGCCCGGGCCGUGUCUGCUGUGAAAAACAUCAAUCUGCCGGAGAUUCCUCGGAACAUCAACAUUGGUGAUCUCAACAUCAAAGUCCCCAACCUGUCCCAGUUUGUCUGAGGGCCCACGGCUACUGAACUGCAAUCCUUGAAACAAGCCAAGCCAGUCCUGCCACAGACCCCACUCUGAGACUUAGAAGGGUCAGGCCCUGGGCCCUGCCCCCUGUUGCCGUGGAGUCGGGGGUGGGGGGGGUGUCCCGGGUUCACGGCUAGCGCCUACCGGCCUCUAAUACAUGUGGCCACUGCAGAUGGGGGGGGCCCCCCGGCUUGCUCCGUGGGGGUCCACGUGCCCGAGCCACUCGUACCUUUACCUCCCUCAUGUAGCCACUCCCAGGGACUGGGCACUGUCCGGGGGUCCACCUGCUUCCUAGAACCCACCCCUAGGACAUUCUCUGCCUAGAGUCUGCAUCCUUAGCACCGCCAUGCUUCUGAGGUCCUAUAGCAUUCACUCUUGCUAACGAGGUGCCAUAGCUAGAACAGGGCCGACCCUUCAGAUUAGGGUAUGUGGCGAGUGGCAAACAAGGGCAGAGUUUGAUGAGAACCAGAGUUGCCUCCUGGCUCUACUAGGGUUGUCAUGCCCAGAGUCCUUUCGUCUAGGCAAGUUUUCUGGUUCCCACCACCUACGGAAUAUGUUUCCCUCACUGUCAUAGUCCUAGCUCUGUUUGCACAGGACUUGAUCCAGAUCCUGAACCUGAUACGUGCUGGUAGGGAGAGCACCCCCUUCCCCACGGCUGUUUCUCCACCUCAGCUACAAGGUCCCUUAUCAAAGGGGAGAAGCCCUGCGUCUGUGGAGGGCAAAGCUGACCUGUGGAAUAUCUCAGAAUUAUGACUCUUUCCAGGUUUAAAUACAUUCUUCUCAUGAGGAGCA